AUGUCGGAGAAAGGAGGAAAAGGGUUCAAAUCUUCUCUCAAGUCCACUCCUUCCAAAUAUGGAUCCGGCAAGGAUGAUAACUCAACCAAGUCCAAGAAGCCAAAGAAAGUCCAGUUUGAUUCUCUAGGCACAAAGGAAUCUGGUUACAAGAUUAUCCAAGACUCUGAUGACCAGUUUCAAGGGUCUGCUAAAGGUGGGAAAGGAAGCAAGCCUAAGAAAACUACUCUGCCCAAAGAACCUCAGCCGCCUGAGUUCAAGGCUGAAAAGGAGCUUCCAGAGAAUGCAAAGUUCUUGAUGGACUGUGAGGCUUUUCAGAUUCUAGAAGGCAUCAAGGCGCAUAUAGCUGUGUUAUCUGAUGAUCCUAGCAUAAAGACUCCUGUAUCUUUCGACGGAGGAGUGGAGUAUGUGAAAUAUGGCAGCUGCUACACGAACCCUCAGUCUGUGAGACAGAUACUUGAACCUCUGAAAAAGCAUGGUGUCACUGAAGACGAGCUGUGUAUGAUUGCAAAUGCCUGCCCCGAAAGUACUGAUGAAGUUUUUGCCUUUCUUCCAUCGAUGAAGGGGAGAAAAGACAAGAUCAUUCAGCCGUUAGAAGAGGCAGUGGCGAAGUUAUCCAAGCUCGAAAGAUCUGCUUAA